UACUCUUGCCUCCCAGCAUCACCUCCUUCACCGGAUGGUGCAUUGUUUGUCAACCGGAAGUGGUGGUUGUUAAUAGCGACGCUGAGGCCUGAGGCCUGUGGAUGGAAGUUGGUGCCUUCAGGAUGAGUCCCGAGCGAGUGUUGCCUGAACCGGAGGAUGAGCAACAGGCGCAGGAGCUGGGCCCAGGCCCGGCCCCGGCACAUUGGAGCAGCGAGGAGGAUGAGGAAGAGGAGACCGAGGCCGCCGGGGAUAGUCCUGAUUCCCCGGGACCUGGCCCCGGUGGCGGGUAUCAGUAUCUACCCUUGAAUCAGGAGCCCGGCCUAGGACCGUCCGAGAACGGGGCGACUGAGCAGGACAUCGGGGAGCGUCUGCAGGAAUUGCGACUUUUCUUGCCUGAGGCACCAGCAGACAGUGAUGAGGAGGAUGAGGGAGCAGUGGAAAGCAGUCGGCCCUCAAUACCCAUGGACCCAGAGCAUGUUGAAUUGGUGAAGAGGACCAUGGCUGCAAUCAAGAUCCCCAGCCUAGGCAUCCCAUCCUGGGCUCAAGAGAUCUCUGACGAGCAGUGGCAGUCUGUCGUUCAGCAAACAAUAGAAACGAGGCGUACAACAGUGGCAGUGAAGGAGGCGGAGCAACAAUGACCUCUGUUCCAUUCUGUAGAGUCUCCUGCAACAAGCCACAAAUGCCUGGAAAUGGUCCUCACACUCUGCGGGGACCCUGUUAGUGGUCCUCACACUCUGCGGGGACAUUGUCCUUUCCAGCAACUGUGUGUUUGUUGUUGAGCUCAAUCCCGACCCGUUCUGAUGGUUCACAUGUCAGUUGGUCACUUUCCUUGUUCCACCAGCCUGCUUAUUUCCCGAUCAGAGGGUUAACUAGGCUUUCAGUCCUGUGAGAGGCCUACUCUUCCUCGGCUGCAGACCAGAUCUGUAUCUGAGGUGAGAUUGAGAACUUGCCGUAUUGGAUGAUGUAAACUGGAACCCAGGCCCCCAGACCAUUUUGUCAGGGCUGAACUCGUGUAUUGCCCAUUGUGGAUUAUUGUCUAUCCGUUACUAGAAGUUCUACUGGUGACCUCAAAUCUGGCUAUGAUCAUACUGCAGAAGGUGUUCACUUUGCCUUCUCCCUGCCUUACGAUAAUGAAGAACAAGUUACAAGUGGUGAUGAAUUGUUGAGACCAUCAAAUCUAAUCAAAAGAGUGACAGGCACUGUUUCCAGUGUUCUUUCCUGGCUUCAGGCUGAUAAAUGGCAGCAACCACAGGGCAAGUCCAGCAAGAUGAUUUAAAUUCUGACUGGCAAAAAUCAACCAAUCCCAGUUAACCUGUAGCACUAAUCAACCACAGCGUCCCCAGAUUGGGUUAAUCCCACAUCCUGCUCUUGUAUUGUGCUAAAUCUGCCAAUUUAUAGAUAUUAACAGUUUAAUAAUUCUUUAAAUCAGCUGCUGUUUGGGGCAAAUUCACAUUGACUUCACAGCUGUCAAAGGAGACCAACAGUUUCUGCACAGUUCUGAUGGUGGCUUUGCAUCUCUGAGCUCAAACCCAUUCCAGCUUGAUGGGAUGAAAGUUUCCAUGCAUGAGACUGGGGAGUGUGUAGAGUCCAUUGUGGACUGAGCACAAUAACCUCAAAUUGGAAAUCUGAGACACCUCACAGGAUAGCUGGUGUGGUAAAGUUAUAAAAUGUCACACUGGUGCUAAUGGGGAGGACCUUGUUCUGAGGUAGGGACAGAUCUAACCCUGUGCUGUACCUGCCCCAUGUGUUUCAUGGGACUUUGUAGAGGUAUCUUUACUCUGUAUCUAACCCCAUGCUGCAUCUGUCCUGGGAGUAUUUGAUGGGACAAGUUAGAAGGAGCAUUACACUGUAUCUAAUCUCAUGCUACAUCUGUCCUAGGAGUAUUUGCUGCUGACUCUAUUUUUCUGAAACGCUAAGUGUUCUAUCCUCCAGCAUUAACAUUGCUCAGAAAUAUUUUAACUUACUACUUGAUUUUUUUCUGUUAUCUAUGUCACAAUAGCAGUAAAUGCUGCCCCCCACCACUGACUUUGUCUGCAGCCAGUAGGUCAGUCAUCAAACCCAAGUGCUGUUUGAAAUGAUGUUUCUGGUCCUACUGUGAGGGUUGAGCCUUCAAUAUAAAAGUUCAGAAUAUAAAGAGGCUGUUGUUGUGUCCCUGCUCCAUACUUAACCAUAAGUCUGAAUGGUUGUAAUGCCAGCCCUUUCAACAAGCUGUGAUUUCUUAGUGUUUGUGCCAAACUGCUCCUUGUAUUUACCUGCUCUGUAAAGGCAAAAACAUUAAAACCAUAUUCAGAAAGGCUUCACUUGAACUACCAUCACCAUGCAUAUGGUGUGACAGCUGGUUUUGUUUUGUCUGACAAUGUAAACGGUCAUGGUAUUGGCCUCUGACACAGGCAAAAAGCUUUUCUUGGUGGGAAGGCAGGUUAAAUAAACAUGGUUUGUAUUCCCUUGAGUUUGAUGAAGGGGUGCAGGAACUAGUGCUAGUUUAUCCCCCAAGAAUGCAGAGGCCAAUUUUGGCACCCACUUUGCUAGCAAGUACGAGAUUGGGGAUGAAACUUCUCUUUUCAUUGUGGCUGGCAUUGGAGAGUGCACACCCUCAAACUUGAAUCAUUCUUUCUCACUUUCCACCAUAACCGCUCUUUUGUUUGAUAACCCAGCUCCUUUACUUUCCUCUCCCUUUCUUUCCCAUUGACUCAAUUGAGAUCAUCAUUUCUAUGAGAGGAAUGGUGAGGGUAGGGUUGUGGUUAACUUGAGUUUCUGGCUGUUUGCAGUAUCCCUACUCUUUCUCUCCCUUCAACACACUGCAGCCUGGCUGCGUUCACAAAAAUAAACUUAUUUUGAGAUCAUUUUAUUUUUGUUCUGUACAUACAUGAACAUCUGUACAAAAUAUGACAUUUCAAUACUAUGUAAUACUCUACUUUAAAAUAAAGUACAACAUAUGUACAAA